AUGAAAAAGGGGGAGAGUGUUGUGGCGACACAUUGGCGAUAUCCGCGUCAGCGGAAUGCGCAUCCGGCGCCCGCGCCGUGGCGUCGCAAUGUCUACCGCCGCGUCAGCGGAAUUGUUCUCCACGACCGCACCCGCGCCUUCAGCGCAAGCGUGGUAACAAGUGGCGUCGGCGAGGUGCCGGGCGCUUGGCAGCCGGGAGCCUCCAGAGCUAUCCAGGACGCCUCGCCUCGGUUUAUGGACAAUAUAUUCGUUCUAAGUGUAGUG